GCGACCGCAGAGUCACCGUGUCGCUGUGAUAAGGACUACGACGGACCAGAGUCCGAGUACAGGUACGGGAGUGAUGGCGUACAGACGUUUAGUAAACGUAUUGAAGACGGGAUAAAUGUGGCCCAAAGCACGAGCAAACGUACACAGGCGGGGGCUAGUAGUACGGGUGCGAACGACAGCACCAACAUCAACACCAGCACUAGCACGAGCCUCACGGACGAUCCCGGUUUGGCGGCCGUGGUUGAUACCGGGAUGAGGGGGUUGGAGUGGUUUGUGGCGCGCGAGUUGGCGUUGCUGGGAAUAGCACCGCACCUCGCAUACGCGGACACCCUCGACCCCAAAGACACGUCAUCGCCUGGUGACACUCAGCGAGUGGGGGGGUCUUCAAAGGGGACCACAGACGGCACAGCCGAGACAGACGCGGGAGAUCCUAAAAAUAGAACGAAGGGUGCGGCGAUUCCUGGAGUGGAAUCGGGACUGGGCAGUGGCGUAGAGGCGGGGGUGGUUCACAGUGCCACGGGACUUGGAUAUGGUUGCCAUGGCGACGAUGUCAUUGCCUCGGAGAUCAGGUUUCUGCAGAACGAAUUGCGACAACAACACGCAUACAACGAACGUUGCAAGGAAAAGUAA